CUACAAAUGGCAGGGAAGACAUGGCAUGAUGGGCUUCAGCACAAGCUGUACAAUCCCACCCACAACCCUGGGUACUAACUCAUGUUGUUAACCCACACUGACGUCCAUGCCGCCACAUCUACACUGCUACUUUUAGCCAUGAUAGUGCAGGUGUGUCUACCCUAGCUGAAAUCACGGCUUAGAUUGCAGUGAGGACAUAUCCACAAAGACAUGUGCCCUCAGAGGAAGCAGGGAGAUCUGUGUGGAGGGUCCCUCCCCUGCCAUUUAUGCUGUGGGGUAUGAACCCACCUGCUUGCCCUUGGAGGAUGGUUUGCUGGUAUGUUUUCUUCUCACUCAGUGUGAAGGUCUGUUUUCUCAAGCUGAUUUUGAAAGCUGCAGGAGGUACCCAGGUGAAGCCAGCACAGUAAAAUAAAGUACAUUAAAAACCCAGCUCUGAGUUGGAGCUCAGCGAAGCCAAAUCAGCAAUAAAAUAGGAGUAGUGGGGUGUUUUCUUUUGGAAUUAUAUUCUACUUAGGUUCUAAAAACUCUUCUAAUUAUUAGGACAAACUGAUGGAAAAGCUGAUGUCAGCUGGGAGAACUAGUGGGGAGAAAUAUAAAUGUGUCUGUGGCCAUAGGAGAGCAUUACAUGAUGUCUCACUCCAGAUUUCACAUGAGUCAUUUUCCUCCUGGUCAGGAUUUCGUACUGAGUUGCAGGUGGCAAUUGUCUGGGUCUCUCCACAUACCAAAACUGCAGUGAAUUUGUGUGUUUCAAUGCCACUUUGAGAAGUACCAACAACCGUAUUUCUCUGCAUCUAGUGGAGUCAGCACUGCACUGAACAUCAUACCACCUGAGUACUAAUUGCAGCUCCAGCCCAUGACUCAUGCUGGCUUUGGGAAGAAGACCAUAGGCCAGAUUCGGCUAUCAUGCCCAGCUGCACAAGUACAUUGAUUUCAGUAGGAACUGUGGGAGGUCAGCACCUUGGAAAAUCUGGCCUACAUUUUAGGUGCCUCACAAGAAGUUUACUUCUGAUGCCUGACUGUAGACACCAAAGUUGGAAAGCUUGGUCCUUAUGUAAGGAUAAGGCCUUUGUCUGCAGCCAGAUUGUAAGGCCUGUAGCCAGAUUGUAAGGCCUAAAGCCCAAGGCCUUCAUCCGCAGCCAGAUUAAAAAAGCAGCAGCCAUGAACUGAGAAGCAGUAAGUCACAUCCUCCCAUUCCAUCUAAAUUACAUUAAAACAAUGUAAUAUCAGGCUGGUAAGAAGGACACCCAGUCUUAAUGGCACCCACUAUCACCAGAUAAAGAAACAGCUCUUAAGUUGGUUAAAGAAAACGUAGUUUGAUAGCAGCCUGUCUGGCAAGAAACCACUUCUCAAUAGUUGUGGUUGUGAAAUCCUCAUUUCUUUAUUGUUUUGUCAUUAUGGUCCUCACUUCUCUAUUAUUUGUCUGUACGAUCUCUGUCUGGUUCUUUGAUUGUUUCUCUCUGUUACAUAAUUAAUUUUGCUAGGAAAUUAAUUAAGGUGGUGGGGUAUGAUUGGUUUGAGAAUUUUGUUAGGAUUGGCUAGUAAAAUUUUAGUAAAAUAAUUGGUUAAGGCAUAGCUAAGCAGGGCUCAGGUUUCACUAUAUAAACUGGGGUCCAAGAAGGAGACCAGCAGAGAAGGAACAGAAAACGAAGAAGAAGAAGGAAAAGGAAAGACCUGGAAGAAGAAGAACAACUCACAUCCGAGACACAGCCUAAAAUCAGAGCUGCUAAGAAUCCUCUGCACGACCAAGAUGUGCAGCAACCAGAAUCCAGAUGAGACUGACCUUGCCUGGCCAACGGGGAAAGUUCGCUGGCCCGAUAAGGAUUGAGCCAUCCCGAGUGCCUGGCCAGAUGCGGGUUCCUGAGGUCUCUUCGGACAGUGAAGCAGGAGAAAUGCCCCCCACCACACUGGGCUUGGGGCUUUGUCGCUGCCUGUGUGCAGAGCUGCGAUCUUGAUGUAGAAUGCCUGGUGACAAAGAAGCGCUGUUCAAACUGGUGUGCAUACACCUGUCAGCUUCAGCAAACGUGUUCAAAGGUGUCCCAUUAAAGCCUAGACCUCGCCUUUCUCGAGGACUCCAGUGGACCCUUGAAGUAUCAUGGAAUCCAAAUGCAACAUGUCUGCGGAGCCUGUAUUUUAUAUCCCGCAGAAAAGGUGGAACUACGGGAUUCAGCCCAGGGAAGACGAAGCUACAGAAUGGCAGAUGGAGAGAUUGAUGAUGGAGGACAAUGUGCAGCUAGACGGCCUAAGACCAAACAGAUGGGAUCAGUUCAGAGUAGCUGCAAUCAGUGUCCACAGCACACGUGGUUUUGCUGCUCCAAGCAAACAUUUCCACUCCUCUAGAGGUAGGCUGGACUAUCUCCUCAUGUAGCCAGUCUUCGCAGCUUAAAGGUUGAUGAGAAGGGGAAUGGCUUGCCCAGAAGAUAUCCACAGGAUCAAGUCUAUUUCAGACCGCUAACCCAUCACCUGUGGAGUAGGUGAAGAGAUAAAAGCUUUGGUUCAUCAUAAGAUGAAAUAUACAAGUGUCCUCUUCCUGGUGUCUAUUUUCUUCUCCACCCACCUAGGGGACAUGGUGGGAACAGAUCCUUUUCCUCCAGAAGCCCCUAAAAACCUCAGACAGGGCAACUUUACUGUUGGUCACGAUGGUUCUCUCAGUAUCAUCAUUAACUGGGAUGCCCCUCCCAAAGGAAACUUGGAAAUCCACCAUUACAAAAUUUACUGGAGCCUACGGGUACCCAGGAAACCCAUGAUGGCAGCAAGGAAGGAUAACUGGAAAAUGAGAAGAGUGCACGUGAUAUUGUUGCAUGUAUUGCCAAGAAUUCCUUCCCGGGUGAUGUCUCCCAGAGUCCAUCGGUGGCAGUCAUUCUAGCUCUGCGUCUGGGUGAAGUCUGAAAUAGAACGGAGGCUACUCCCGGCUAAUGCAGAGUACCUGAUGGAGAUUCAAGGUCUGAUCCACUCAGUCUCACUGCAGAGGUAUCUAAUGAAUAGCCGACAUCCCAUGAAGUACGCCGCUUAAGACUAGAAGCAGCAUCUCUUAUUAUUAUGAUUGUCAGUUGCAAGUGGAAGUGCAGUGGAAGAAAGGAAAAGAGAGCCACAAAGAGUCUAGCACGUACUUGUUAAAAUGGAAACCAAUAGUAUGUGCUGCCAAGUACAGCAGCAGAAGAAAAGGCAGCCGUUCAGGAAUCAUCUCCAAAGGGCAACAUUAUUCUUCUCUCUACAGAAUGCUGCCAAUGCAGGUUCCCUGGACUGCAUCGUCCUAGCUGCCCUUCGAGAUCAUAAUGCAGCAGAAAAAUGAAAGAACAUAGAAGAAAUUUAAAUUGGAAAAGAAGUCGAUUGCUGUUCCUUUCUAGAAGAUGGACCACUGGAUUUUGGGGGCUCAGGAAAUACUGCUUCCAAAAGAAGCAUUUUUUCCUAGCUAAGAGAAAAAGACAAAGUGCUCAAUCAGUUGUGAGCCUAAACCGGAACAAAGCGUCCCGAUCUCUCCAGUGCAGAAGGAAGGCACUCAGACUCCAGAGUGAGUGGGUUCCUGAAGUGCUUCUAAAUGCAAAAAAAAAUAAAAAACCAACUGCUGAACACAGCACCUUGUCUAGAAAAACGUCCAGAAGGGCAAAAAAGCCCUUUCCUGAUGGCAAAACUGGAAGCCCAUGUGCAGAGGCAAUAGAGAAGUUGGACAAUGAAUCCUUUCAGGGUGAAGAUCUCUUGAACAGAGUCACUGGAUUACAAGCAGACACUAACCUUGGCUGCAUGCAUGGUAAUGACCACAGUGCCUUUUGUGGUGGGCUGUGCGACACUAUCUUACCUGUAAAGAAGAAUGAUUUCACACCCAGUGGAGAGGAACGCAAUAAGGAUGAAGGCAAUGCAGUCUUAGUAGUCUUAAACAAUAGUAAAAGAAGGUGCUGUUGCAGAGGGCUAGAGCAGAAUGGAACUUGUGGCCCCUUGACUACUAGAAAGAGGUCCAGAUUUAACCAGUACACUGUAAAAAAGAUCCCUGCAUUUAUGAUGCAUAAGAAACUUUCUAUGAUUAGGUUUCGGGAUAGAAUCAUAAAAUCCCCAAAACUUAGAGCAAGAGGCAAAACGUGCAAAUCAAGUAAAAUCAAGCCAAGCUGGGUGGAGAAAGUUACGAGGGACUGUCAAGAGAAUCUUCAAGGAGAUUUUGAAGGUGGAUUUUGUAACUGGUUUUCCUGCUGGAAAUCUAAAAAUAACUCCUUUUGGAACCUGUGUAGCUCAUCAGAUAUGAACAAUAAUACACCAGGACCUGUAGCUGAGGAGAAUAAGACACCUGCAUCCGACAUCUGCCUUACCCACGAUGCAUUACAACAUGAUGAGCUACAUUCUGAGGAACCUGCAUCCAGAGACGGCAGUGUUAAAAUCUGCCAACCAGAGCUGCACAAAACAGCUCCUUUGGGUACAGAGACCUUGCACAGGACGGAAACAAACGAGGCUCCUGUAGUGGACAGUUGCCAUGAGGAUCUUUUCCUCUCAGUAACAGAGAGAGAAAUUGCAAUUUCAGGUCAAGAAGAUGCAGAAUCUAAUCAGGUUAUGUGCGUUGAUGAAAUGAUAUUGUUAGAAUCCUGCAAGGGGGAUUCAAAUAUGAACAAUAACCUUGCAAAUGGACCUUUUUUGGUGGAGCUGGCACAAAAUGAAGACAGCUCUUCCCAGAUGGAAGUCGAAGGCUCCAUAAAUCUGGACAUUUUUAGUGCAAAGUUACUAGAUCACCCUUACUGUAAAAGCCCCCUAGAGGAGCCUUUGCCAGAAAGCACAGGACUAAAAUCAGGAGCUCGAAAGGGAGGCAGAAGGAACAGUCAGAAAGUUUCUCGUGUGGCUGAUGAGCAGUUAUCAACAUGGAUUUGUGGAUUCCUAGAUGAAGUGAUGAAGAAAUAUGGCAGUUUAGUUCCACUCUGUGAAAAAGAUGUCAUGGCAAGAUUAAAGGAAGUCUUUAAUGAAGAUUUCUCCCAUAGAAAGCCUUUUAUCAGUAGGGAAAUCAUGAAGUAUCGGACAAGGCAUCCAAAAUCUUCCACUUGCAAUUUCCGGGUCUUCUAUAAUAAGCACAUGCUAGAUAUGGAUGAUCUGGCUACACUGGAUGGUCAGAACUGGCUAAAUGACCAGAUUAUUAAUAUGUAUGGUGAACUCAUAAUGGAUGCAGUCCCUGACAAGGUUCAUUUUUUUAACAGCUUUUUUCAUAGACAGCUGGUAACCAAAGGAUAUAAUGGUGUAAAACGAUGGACUAAAAAGGUGGACUUGUUCAAAAAGACUCUCCUGUUAAUUCCUAUUCACCUGGAAGUCCACUGGUCCCUCAUUACUGUGAACAUCCCUAACCGAAUUAUUUCAUUUUACGAUUCCCAAGGCAUUCAUUUUAAAUUUUGUGUAGAGAACAUACGAAAGUAUUUACUGACUGAAGCAAGAGAGAAGAAUCAUCCUGAGUUUCUUCAGGGAUGGCAAACAGCUGUUACAAAGUGCAUUCCACAACAGAAAAAUGACAGUGACUGUGGGGUUUUUGUGCUCCAGCUUUUUCAUUUUCCUCAGUACUGCAAGUGCCUCGCCUUAGACCAGCCUUUUCAGUUCUCCCAGGAAGAUAUGCCACGAGUAAGAAAAAGGAUUUACAAGGAGCUGUGUGAGCGCCAGCUAAUAGAUUAACAGUAAUAAGAAAAGUCGAGCUAUUUCUCUGGCAUUUCUGAAGAGUUCCAGCUGGUGUUCGUGUACUUGAAUUUCUGAAAACUUCCGUGAAUUUCAAAUAACUCUCAGCUGAGUGGUGUGGCCACGAUGUUACCUCAACUUUUUCUGCUCUUUCCCUGGCAGGACUUAACAGAGCUGCCACAAAAUAUUCCUAAUGUCAGUUCGGUUUCCUCUUUUAUGUUCUUUCCUGUAUUUAAUAUUUAUUAUCGACGCAUGCGUAUAGGCAAAGCAUGCGACUAAAAAAAAAAAAGUAUAAAACUGUAGAUUUGGUGCACCUUUGAAAUGUAGCUAGAAAUGACAGAAUACAGGUUAAAAAUUUGUCUGACAACAUAAAGAUGCAUGAUCCGUUUUCUGAUGCAAUAAUGCUUUGAAUGUAUCAAAAAAUUCAAUGCCAUAAAAAGAGCAGCUAGAA